AUCACAAGCCAUCUCACUUUCUCUCUCUUCUGUACCUCCCACAUUCAAUUAACCCCUGCAUUUCAAACCUCCCCUCCUUCUCUACUCUCCACUAUAAAUACUCCUCUCCGUUUCUCUCAUCUCCCAACUCACAAGUCACAACCCCUCUUCUCCUUCUCUCUCCAAAGCUUGGACUUUGAAUCUCACUUUUUCUCUCUCUAAAACCCUCAAAAAUGGCUUCUUGUUGUUGUUCUUGCUCUUCUACCACCCAGUUGGUACUAUCACUCUUCUUAGUGGCCUCACUCUUCCAAGUUUCAUUUGCCUCUUCUAGGUUGUUCCAAGUCUCCUUGGCAACAAGGAAGCUCAGCGAGCUUGUUCAAGACCAGACCCAGCUCUUGAAAUACCACAACGGUCCUCUUCUCAACGGCAAAAUCGCCAUCAAUCUUAUCUGGUACGGCAACUUCAAGCCGGCCCAGAAAGCCAUUGUUUCCGAUUUCAUCACUUCUCUUUCUUCCUCCUCGCCGGCCAAGUCCAGCCAGCCUUCCGUCGCAACAUGGUGGAAGACCACCGAAAAGUACUACCAUCUCAGCUCCAAGAAGUCUUCUCUUUCCGUUGCCCUUGGGAAGCAGAUUUCCGACCAGAAGUACUCUCUCGGAAAGUCCCUAACCAACAAACAGAUUGUUAAACUGGCUUCUUUGGGCGACCAGAAGAACGCAAUCAAUGUCGUCUUGACUUCCGCUGAUGUCGCAGUCGACGGGUUCUGUAUGAACCGAUGCGGCUCCCACGGCUCAGCUUCCGGCGCAUCUCACAUCCGAGGCAAGAACUACAAGUUCGCUUAUAUUUGGGUCGGAAACUCCGAAAAACAGUGCCCUGGUCUCUGCGCCUGGCCUUUCCACCAGCCCAUCUACGGCCCACAGAGCCCGCCCCUCGUCGCACCCAACAACGACGUUGGCCUCGACGGCAUGGUGAUCAACUUGGCUAGCCUCUUGGCCGGAACAGCGACCAACCCUUUCGGAAAUGGGUACUUCCAGGGUCCGGCUGAGGCUCCAUUGGAGGCUGCUUCGGCUUGUCCUGGGAUUUAUGCUAAAGGGGCUUAUCCGGGUUACGCCGGAGACCUAUUGGUGGAUACUACAACUGGUGCGAGCUACAAUGCUCAUGGUGCUAAUGGAAGGAAGUAUUUGGUUCCUGCUCUGUUUGAUCCAUCCACCUCAACCUGUUCCACUUUGGUUUAGGAUGUAUUAUGAAGAUGAAAAUUAGUAGUAGUAAAGAUUCAUUGAUUUGUUUUAGUUCUUUGGGUUAUGCGGAUAUAAUAAUAUAAACAACUGCAAAUCGUUUUGAUAUGCAUCAGAAAA